AUGGCCGGCGCUGCUUCGAGAGACGUCCGGUACGCUGACAUGCUUGUUGUUUGUGGCAACUGCACAUGGGAGGUGCACAGCAAUUUCGUGUGCCCGCGCGCCGCGGUUUUCGAGAACGCUUUCGAACGUAGCAACCCGAAUAUGGUCGUCGACUUGACCGGCGAAAAGGAACAAGUCGUCGCCGCCGUCAUCGAGUAUAUCUAUGAUGGCCAUUAUGGCUCUGCAGAGCCAGCAUCGGAUGAUGAUAUCAGUCUGCACGCCGACGUCUUGCGAUUAGCCAAUCAACACCGUAUGGAGGACCUUCAUGCUCUUGACCGCCUCUACACCAACAUGCGCGAGGAAGAUAUCAUGCUACGCAUUGCAGCAACUGCAAUCGCCGUGACGCAUGCCCGUGAGCUUCUUGGUGAUCCUGCGCGAUACGCUCGCUUCAACAGGGUCGUGGCGAGGCAUGCCCCACUGGCCGCCACCCUCGCGCAGAGUCUCGCUCACGCUCUCAAUGAGUCUCAGAACGGUAGUAACUUCGCCUCGCAAGACACCCGCACACCAAGUCCACCAUAG